AUGGUUCUUCCAUAUGUUAUUUUCACUUUGACGGAAACACCUUUCUUGACUAACUUACGAAUUUGGAAAUAUAAAUUCAACGUGAAUAAGCCUACGAGGCGAAAGCAAUCACAAUUAGUGUCUCUAGAACUCAGAAAAAAAUUUGAUAAGGGUCCAAAGGUGACUACACAUAAUAAAAAUACUCAAGAAAAACGGCAUAAAACUCGAAGAAACUCGUAUAGGAAACCGUCGAAUUCAAUAUGGUCUAAAUAUCUCGAACUAUCGAAAAAAGGCGAACUGCAUUCAUUUUCUGAAGGAGACUUUCUA